CGGACGGCGGCAGUGGCCGCGCGGAACGGCGAGAGGACGACGAGUGGAGGUUCACGUGGGGGGUGCCGCUCUGCUAGCGCGUGAACGGUCAUCUUGGACUUUGGAGUGCUCCUUGUGCUGCAGUGGACGCGUGGUGCCGCUAUGGAUGCAGGAGCCAAGAAGAAGAGGAGGCUGGAGGAGGGGCAACGUGGUGGUCAAGAACUGCCGGUGCCGGUGCCGCCCCGGGGCCCGGACCUGAUCAACAGCCUCCCCGACGAGAUUCUUUGCAGCAUCAUCACCCUCCUCCCGACCAAGGACGGCGCCCGCACCCAGAUCCUCUCGCGUCGGUGGCGGCCUCUUUGGCGCACCGCGCCUCUCAAUGUCGAGGUCGCUAUCAAUUACGUUGGGCACAUGUCGUCCUACUGCAGCCGUCUCUGCAGCCUGUUGAGCACGCACGAGGGCCCUCUCCGUCGCUUCUCACUCACCUAUCAGCUAUUUGGCAACAACUUCCAGUUGGUCGACUCAUUGCUGCAAUCCCCCAGGAUCAAUGACUUCCCGGAGUUGGAGAUUUGUUCAUACAAUGUACUUCCGCCGUCUGUGCUCCGUCUUCUGCCUCUAGUCUGCGCCCUGCACUUAGGCAAGCGGGCUCCACCACGAUAUAGCGAUCUCAUUUUUUUCCCAGACCUCAACCAGCUCAAGCUCCUAAAUUGUAGUCAUUUCCCCAACCUCAAGCACCUCACACUUGCUAGGGUCCAUAUAUCUGACACUGCUCUCCAUGCCGUUCUGUCUGGAUGCCCUGUCCUAGAGAGCAUGGUUCUGGAUGGUAACAUCGGUUGCCACAGUCUACAUAUCAGUUCGCCGACCCUUCGGAGCCUUGGUGUGUCGGAUGGUGUUAAAGUCUUGGAGGGAAAGCUGCAAGAGCUCAUUGUUGAGGACGCUCCUCUCCUAGAAAUGCUUAUCCCACAGCCUCCAAGUUAUGGUCUGGUGAUCUGGGUUAUUCAUGCACCCAAACUGAAAACAUUGGGGUAUCUUCAUGAUGACAUCCCAACAUUUCAGCUUGGAACCAUGUUUUUUGAGAAAAUGGUGCCUAUUAUUAGCCUGCCCAAUGUGAUGCGUACUGUAAGAACUUUAGCCCUCCUCACCACUCCUGAUCUGGAUCUUGUCAUUGGCUUCUUAAAAUGCUUUCCAUGCGUGGAGAAGCUAUACAUUGUGUCAUAUACUCGGAUGCUUAUUAAGAACGAACAAGGCUAUGCUCCACUUGAAUGCCUUGAUCGGCAUCUCAAGAACAUGCAGAUAAUAAAUUAUGAGGACAAUAGUGCAGAUGUAAAUUUCGUCAAGUUCUUCAUCUUGAACGCCAGAGUGCUUGAAUCUAUGAAGUUUGUGGUUCGUCAAGGCCAGUGUGAUACAAAAUGGAUUGCCAGACAACACAAGAAGCUAGAGGUACAUGGCAGAGCUUCUCGAGGUGCUACAUUUUGUUUUGAAGCUGAUGCCACACGUAGGAUGUCUAGCUUGGUACACACGAAGCACAUCCAUGAUUUGGCUUCAGAUCCAUUUGAUGAAUCAUUAUGUGGGUGCCCUGGUGAUUAUGUCUUUUGAAGAUGUCUAUCAGUCAGACAGUUUGAGGUAUGUUGAAAUGGACUGCUGCUAGAGACGCCCUGGUGUUCUUUGGACUUGCUGCUUGGCUCAUCUUUGGCAUGUUUUGGGUAUACAAUUUAGAAGGAAGUUGUCUCAUGUCCGCAAUGCACUCUAAUUACGAUGAAAUAUGUUGUGCUGUGUACUGUGACAACAAAAAGUCUAUCCGUAAGGUGCUGGAGAAGUUCUCUUGCUAUGGUGAUCUCUU